AUUUCAGUGUGGGACCCGGUAGCAACGGACGGUCGGACGGUCGGUCACCAAUGUUUGCGACACCCGGUGUGUGAGUUGUGUGAUGGAGUUUCGUUGACUCACACACACACAGACAGUGAACGCGACGUGAACUCGGUGUCGAAGCGUCGGUCCCACCACACACUUGGCGACACGCGUGGGGAGAGAAGCGACAUGGCGGAUACUAUCAUCGUCAGGGUACAGUCCCCAGAUGGGAUGAGGAAAAUUUCUGCCACCAAGAGGGAGACGGCUGCUGCUUUUCUGAAGAAGGUGGCCAAAGAGUUUGGGUUCAUCUCCAACGGGUUUUCUGUUUACCUGAACCGCAACAAGACCGGAGAGAUUCUCUCCCAGAGCAAAACCCUCAGCUUGCUGAAGAUCAAGCAUGGGGACAUGCUGUAUCUGUUCCCUUCAGGAUCCUCCACCUCCUCUGGAGAGGUGAUGGACACGGCCACCCCGCACACAUCUUCAUCACUACCGUCCAUCUCAUCAUCCGGCUCCAUCACCUCCAUCUCCUCCACGAUCCCUCGGUCCUUCUCAGCACCCCAGGUCCAGGAGGACCAGAUCGAUCAGUAUCUGGCCAAGCAAGACGGCAAGAUCUACAGGAACAAAGAUCCACAGCUAUGUCACCACGGUGCCCUGGGGAAAUGUGUACACUGUGUACCGCUAGAGCCUUUCGACGAAGACUACCUGAAUCACCUGGACCCACCGGUGAAGCACAUGUCAUUCCACGCAUACCUCCGCAAACUGACCGGUGGAGCUGAUAAAGGGAAGUUUGCAGCUCUGGAGAACAUCAGCUGUAAGAUCAAGUCGGGCUGCGAGGGCCACCCUCCCUGGCCAGAGGGGAUCUGCACCAAGUGCCAGCCCAGUGCAAUCACGCUGAACAGACAGAAAUACAGACACGUGGACAACAUCAUGUUCGAGAACCACACCAUUGCUAACCGCUUCCUGGACUUCUGGAGGAAGACGGGCAGUCAGCGGAUGGGAUACCUGUACGGCCGGUACACGGAGCACACGGACAUCCCUCUGGGCAUCCGAGCGGAGGUGGCGGCCAUCUACGAACCACCGCAGAAUGCCAAUCAGAACAGCCUGGAGAUGUUGGAGGAUCCCAAAGCUGCAGCUGUGGAUGAAAUCGCUGCCAAACUGGGCCUGUGCAAGGUGGGCUGGAUCUUCACGGACCUGCUCUCUGAGGACACGAGGAUAGGCACCGUCCGCUACACGAGAAACAAGGACUCCCACUACCUGAGUGCAGAGGAGUGCAUCACAGCGGGUUACUUCCAGAAUCGCCACUCAAACCCCUGCAGACUCUCUCGAGAUGGCCAUUUUGGCUCCAAAUUUUUCACCGUGGUGGCGUCAGGCAGUCCAGAUAACCAGGUGCACUUUGAAGGCUACCAGGUGUCCAACCAGUGCAUGGCUCUGGUGAGAGACGAGUGCCUGCUGCCCUGCAAAGACGCCCCUGAGUUGGGCUACGCCAAAGAGUCAAGCUCGGAGCAGUACGUACCGGACGUCUUCUUCAAGGACAAGGACAAAUUUGGAAACGACGUCACGUUUCUCGCCCGGCCUCUUCCUGUGGAGUACCUUAUUAUCGACAUCACGACCACUUUUCCAAAGGAUCCUCAGUUCACCUUCUGUGCUAAACAACCCUUCCCCAUCGAGAACCGGGAUAUCCUCGGAGAGACACAAGACUUCCACAGCUUAGCCACGUACCUGUCCCAGUGCAGCUCCACAGCGUUCCUGGACGUGGUGUCGGACUUCCACCUGCUCCUCUUCCUCGUCACCAACGAAGUCAUGCCUCUGGGAGACAGCAUCGGGCUGCUCCUCGACGCAGUGAAGACGUCCAACGAGGAUCUGGCGCAGACCUGGAAGAAGUCGGAGCAGUGGGCCACCAUCGAGCAGCUGUGCAGUACGGUGGGCGGUCAGCCCUCCAGCUCUGUGGGGUACGGGGGGGCCAUGGGGGGCCCCUCGGCCCCGGCCUCCUCCUCGUCCAUGUGGUCCUGCCUCCACUGCACCUUCAUGAACCAGCCCGGCACAGAGCUCUGUGAAAUGUGCAGCCUGCCCCGCGGUUAAACUCCGCCCCGCCCGCCCUGCUUCCCCCAAUCUCACACAGCCCCCACCCCCGCCCAGCCCAGCCCUCCCUCUUUAACCCACCAAUGACGUAACCGCACCAGGACCAGCCGCGAGAUCUGGAUUUGUUUUCCUUUGCCGCCCUCACGUUGAAGCCUCUGACGAGCGGAGGGAUCCUCCAGUUUACAUCCAGUUCAUCAAAUAAAUCCAAUAAAGGCGGACAGGUUAUUUUUUUGUUUUUGUCUCCCUCGUCACAGCGGCCCUCGUGAGUGGCGGCCGACAUUUCAGUAAAGCACUUUUGGCUGAGGCCCCUUUUUCCUUCAACCCGUGCUGAAAUAACCCCGCCCCCCUCCCUCCCGGCUUCGAUAAGUCCUGCUGUGACUCAGGACGACAGCGAAGACUCGAGUGUUGGGACGCUCCCUUACGUCAGCGGCCCGCUUCACUCUCACGGCGUGUCCUGGAGAAUUUUGCUGUGUAUGAAAUACAUUUGAGGAAUUGAUACUGUUAUUUAAUUAAGCGUCUUUUUUUUCUUUUUUCUUCUUUUUCUUUGAUCUGAUUGUAGCGAUACCUUUAAAAUUUUGAAUCCUCAGCGAGGACUUGGUCCUUAAAGUACAAUCAUCAGUCAAAUAUCCCAGACAUGGGGGGGGGGGAAAGCGAAGAGCUCCAGAUUUAUUCGGCUUCAGUAGAAGAGUUUAUUGUCAGUAUUAAAUAACUUUGAUUUGAAAAUGCAGAUGCAUGAAGCAUACGUAGUUCCUACAGAUCUUCUCACUGGUUUGUUGGAAUCGUAGCUUCUGGUUGUUGUGUUUUUGAACCUCGGCACGAUAUGUAGCUUUAUCUCAUCGGCUGUAUGUUUAAUACCCGAUGUCAAACGGCCCCUGGACACCUCGCCAUCAUCCAUCGACCACCACGACCGACUGACUGACUUGCACUGGUUGCUCGCCACUUUCCUCUCCGUCAGCUCCUCCUUCCUUUUCUUUUCUUUGUUUUUUUUUGUCAUUGUUCCUCCCAUCAUUCGUCUGCCUUGAAAAGAUUUUUGGAAGAGAUCGCAGAACAACACGAGAAGAAAGAUACUCAAGGUAUCGUUCGUCUCCUCUCGAUGUCUCAAUGGGCAACUUUAAAUAAAUUUAAAUAAAUAAAAAGCAUAUUUGUUACUUAGUUGGCCACUAAUUUAUUCCCCACUCUUUCAAGCAGAGACCCUGAGCUUCUUCCAGCAGCGGAGGAGGUGGCGGAUGAUCAGUGGUGCAAGAAGCAGCCGAGGCCGAAAACAAUGUGAAAAGCACUUCACUCAAAAAUCGCCACUUCUCCCUAAAAUACACACAAAAAAAUCUGCAAGUAGUUUCUGCUUCCGUAUGAGUACGAUGAACGGCAACAAAGAAAAAAUGUAACAUAAGCAGAAAUAUCAUGGAGAGAGAAACCUUGACAAAAACUUCCCCUUUAAACCUUUGACAGUCAGCAGUGUGUUUUCUUAAUUUUCAUGAGAAUUCAUAUUGGGACCAAAAAACUAUCACUUGUUUGUAGUGAUCAUCAAGAAUAUUAUCGUUUAAAUUUCCCUCAUUUGACUGAUCUAGAGUCAGUUUCAAGUCCUGCUCCUCGACACGCAAAAACGGGGGCCAAUCACUUGAUCGCUGUCCCGGGCGGUUGUUGCCGGCGGAAACGGGCCUCGCCAGUUAAGUCGUGUGCGCGUGCGUGCGGGCUGCAAGUUUAAAUAUUUAUGAGAGGUGUGCUUCUUUGUAAAGACCUUGGCGGUUACUGCAUUGAUGAAGUGAGAAUAUAUUUUACCCGUAGAUUAAUUUGAAAAUGCUUGGAAACGUUAUUUGUCUUUUUCCUGCUCUCAUAUCUCCCCCCCCCCCCCUCGUGUGAAUUAUUUGAGAGCAUCCUCUGUCGUCACGGUAACAGACGGUCCUUUUCUAUUGGUGAAGGGGCCGUUUGCUGAGCGAGUCACUGCAGGUUCCUCACUCUCCACUCGGACCCCAGAGAGUUGUCGUCUGCUACCUGGAUUUGAAACAAAAUGAAAAUUGAAAAAAAGAGAAACAAUAAUAAAUGACAAAAAUUGA